UGAAACGGCAUCAUUAUUCAAUAAAAUUUAGAAAGGACAGAGAUGCAAAGAGGGAGCAGAGUAACUAAAACAAAUCUGGAGACAUUAAUAGAGUGUGUUUCAAACCAGACCGUUCUGAUGAGGACCAGAGGCAGAGGAAGGGGUCGUGGUGGGCGUGGCAGAGGCCGCAUAGUUAGUGUGGCGCCUGAGACUGAAACAACUAAUACACAAGAAACAAAUGAGCAAACACAAAAUAGUGAUAGUGAACAGCCAGCUAAUACCAAUAAAGAGAAGCGCAAAAGAAGCAAGUCAUUAGAAAUACCACAAGAAAAGCAGGAUGAGGUGGCAGAUUGGUAUAGAGAAAACGAACCUCUAUACAACAAAGGUACAUGUAUUUAUUUGCUAUAAUUUAAAAUAUUAAUACGGAGAAUAAAUGUCAAAAGAUGUUAACCCCACCAGUAGACAUAGAUAAACUUACAGCAUGGUCUUUAUAUUUAAAAAUCAA